GAUGCGUUUCUUUUCCUCAUCAAGGAUCCAAAAACUUGGGCAUCAGUUCUUUGUCAUUGAAACCAAACCAAAACAAACAAGGAACUCGCUUUCACAAUGGUUUACCAAGUGAAAAUUACAGCAAUGCUAGAAAAGCUAAAGUUUUGAAGCGACCAAAAAAGAUUCACAAAGAAUUUAUUGGACUUCCUUCUAAUUUUCAGCAUACCGGGCACAUUGGAAUUGCUGAAAUGCGCAGUGGAAGAGUUGAUCCAGAGAAAAUUAAAAUUCAAAUGGCUGAAGUUGCAGCUGCGUUACGUCUAGAAAUAGUAAAUGAUACAGGAUCGAUUCCUUCAUCAACACCGAGAUCGCAACCUAAAUUAUUAUUUACUGAUGCUCCAAAUAGUUUCUCUUCAUCG